UAAAUUUCAAUCCAUUAUUUUGAAGACAUCUUUGUUCGUAGGGGUUUGUUCGUUCGUUCGUUCAAUCGCUGCUUCAUUCAUUCAUUCAUCCUGGUUUGGAUCGAUCGUAGAAUGGCAUUUUCAUUGAUCAGCCGCUCUCUGUCGCGCUCAUCUCGUUCUAGAAAUUUAUUGAAAGGGAGUAGUAGAGGGAUAUCAGCUAUUCUCAAUGAUACAUAUAUACGUGAAGAUCAAGUUUUUGAAACACUUGGUCGGCUCCACGAGAGAUUAGGGUUUUGCAGAGGAUACAUAUCUUCUCUAGGGGAUAAUAAAGGAUUUGUAUCGAAGACCUAUUUGUCAGAUUUCAACUAUGUUGCUGCUAACCAUAGAUUCCACAGGCUUUUCUCAAGUGAAGCCCCGAAGAAGAAGAAGAAUUACGAGAACUUUUAUCCAAAGGAAGAUAAGGAAAACCCUGGUCGGGAUGAGCAAAAAUCUGGAUCCAAGGGGGACAAAAAUGCAGGUGAUAAUGCCAAUUUCCAGGAAACUUUCAUGAAGUAUUUCCAGAAUCUGCUCACUCCACUAUUAGUUAUAGGGCUGUUUUUUUCAUCAUUAUCUUCUGGUCCACAUGAGCAGCAACAGAUAAGUUUCCAAGAGUUCAAAACCAAGCUCCUUGAGCCAGGGUUAGUGGAUCAUAUAGUUGUUACUAACAAAUCUGUGGCUAAGGUAUACAUUAGGAGUUCACCUCGCACUUCAAGAGGUGAAGAUGUUGUGGACGGACAAAUGACUGAAGGAACUGAAACAAAUACCCCGUCUAGAAACAACAAAAGCCAAUACAAAUUUUAUUUUAAUAUUGGCAGUGUAGAGUCUUUUGAGGACAAAAUGCAGGAAGCCCAGGAAUCUCUGGGAAUGGAUCCUCAUGAUUUUGUACCUGUAUUUUACAAAUCUGAAAUUGUUUGGCUCCAAGAGUUAUUGAAAUUUGGACCAACUCUAUUACUGCUGGGUUCCCUUUGGUUCAUGGCCAGAGGAAUGCAAGGUGGACUUGGUGUUGGAGGUGGUGGUGGAAAGGGUGGCCGGAAUAUAUUCAGCAUCGGGAAAGCACAAAUCACAAAACUGGAUAAAAAUGCUAAGAACAAGGUUUUCUUCAAAGAUGUUGCUGGCUGUGACGAAGCAAAGCAGGAAAUUAUGGAAUUUGUCCACUUUCUGAAGAACCCUAAGAAGUAUGAGGAGUUGGGAGCUACAAUCCCUAAAGGUGCACUUCUGGUAGGCCCUCCAGGUACUGGUAAAACACUUUUGGCUAAAGCAACAGCUGGAGAGUCUGCUGUGCCAUUCCUUUCCAUAUCAGGUUCGGACUUCAUGGAGAUGUUUGUUGGUGUUGGACCAUCUAGGGUGAGGAAUUUAUUCCAGGAAGCACGACAAUGUGCUCCAAGUAUUAUAUUCAUUGACGAGAUUGAUGCAAUUGGUCGAGCAAGGGGUAAAGGGGGUUUCUCAGGUGGCAAUGAUGAAAGGGAAAGUACUCUUAACCAGUUGCUUGUGGAGAUGGAUGGAUUUGGGACUACAGCUGGUGUUGUUGUCCUUGCAGGCACUAAUAGGCCUGAUAUCUUAGACAAAGCUCUACUAAGGCCUGGUCGGUUUGAUCGACAAAUUACUAUCGACAAACCUGAUAUUAAAGGCCGUGAUCAGAUAUUUCAGAUCUAUCUGAAAAGAAUCAAACUUGAUAAUGAACCUUCAUUCUAUUCACAACGACUUGCUGCUCUCACUCCUGGAUUUGCUGGAGCUGAUAUAGCAAAUGUUUGUAACGAGGCUGCAUUGAUUGCUGCAAGGAACGAGGGAGCACAGGUGACAAUGGAACAUUUUGAGUCGGCUAUAGACAGAGUUAUUGGUGGUCUGGAGAAAAGGAACAAGGUGAUUAGCCAACUUGAGAGAAGGACAGUGGCUUACCAUGAAUCAGGUCAUGCAGUUGUUGGGUGGUUCCUGGAACAUGCAGAGCCAUUGCUGAAGGUGACUAUAGUUCCUCGUGGGACUGCAGCUCUUGGGUUUGCCCAGUAUGUGCCAAAUGAGAAUCUCCUGAUGACGAAAGAACAAAUGUUUGAUAUGACAUGCAUGACCCUUGGUGGUCGGGCUGCUGAACAGGUGUUGAUAGGUAAAAUCUCAACUGGGGCUCAAAAUGAUCUGGAGAAGGUGACAAAACUGACGUAUGCCCAGGUGGCAGUUUAUGGGUUUAGCGAGAAGGUGGGUCUUCUUUCCUUCCCUCAAAGGGAUGAAGGUUUUGAGAUGUCGAAGCCAUACAGCAGCAAGACUGCAGCAAUUAUAGACAAUGAAGUAAGGGAGUGGGUGGCAAAGGCAUACGAGCGCACGGUUCAGCUUGUAGAGAAACACAAGGACCAAGUUGCUAAAAUUGCUGAGCUCUUACUUGAGAAGGAAGUUCUUCAUCAAGACGACAUGAUCCAAGUUCUGGGUCAGCGUCCCUUCAAAUCAGAAGAACCAACAAACUACGAUAGAUUCAAAAUGGGUUUCCAAGAUCAAGAAGCCCUGAAGGUAGAUGACAAUAAUGUUGAUGUGUCAUCACCCGAAGUUGUUCCUACUUAAAAAUGACUCUAGUCAAAAAGAUUAAUGACCUGAUUGCUUCAGCCUUCAUGUAUUUAUAUGGAUGGAGGUGGAUGAUCUUGAAUCCAACUUCUUCUAAUAUGCCUUGGCUUAACAAUGUCUUGCAUGUUUUAUCCACUUGAAGCUCUGUCCGUCCAUGUACAUUAAUUAAUUAAAUAGAGAACAUGAAGAAAAAGAAGAUGAGACUGAAGGUGGUUGGUGUUAUAUUUAUGAAUCUCGUUAGAGUUGAGAUGUUAU